UCAGAACUUUGCCACAUUAGAAUGCGUCUUUUGACACUUUAUGGUCAAGCGUCAGCGUGAAAAGGCACCUUUAUGAUGCCAAAUGUAUGGAUGGGUGAUAUGAAUGGACCAACUUCCUUUUCCGUAAGAAGUCUCCUAGUGGCAUCGUAUAACGUUGAAUCGUAAUUCAACCACAACGUUGAAAUGUCAGGAGGUUUAGACGUGUUAGCCCUCAAAGAGGAUGAUGUUACUAAAAUGUUGGCUGCUGGCACCCAUCUGGGUGCUGAAAAUGUCAACUUCCAGAUGGAGCAGUACGUUUAUAAAAAGAGAGUUGAUGGUGCUGGCGUAAAUGUUAUCAAUCUUCGCCAUACUUGGGAGAAGCUAUUGCUUGCAGCUCGUGCCAUUGUCGCCAUUGAACAUCCUAGCGAAGUUUUCGUCAUUAGCUGUCGCCAUUCAGGCCAAAGAGCUGUGUUAAAAUUUGCGGCUCAUACUGGCGCAACUCCUAUUGCUGGACGUUUCACUCCAGGUGCAUUCACCAAUCAGAUUCAGGCUGCUUUCCGCGAACCGCGCUUGCUGAUUGUCACGGAUCCGUCCACUGACCAUCAACCUAUUACUGAGGCGAGCUACGUGAAUAUUCCGGUUAUUGCUUUCUGUAAUACCGACUCUCCGCUGCGCUUCGUGGACAUCGCAAUCCCCUGCAAUACCAAAAGUCUGCACACCGUUGGUCUGAUGUGGUGGUUGCUUGCCAGGGAAGUGUUGCGCCUGAGGGGAUCCAUCCCGCGCGAAACUAAGUGGGAUGUUGUAGUCGAUCUCUUCUUCUACAGAGAUCCCGAGGAGGCGGAGAAAGAGGAACAGGCUGCGAAAGAGAUUGCGCCAGCUAAGGAGUUCACGGGUCCGGUGGAGACCGCUCCUGCUCCAGAGCCUGGUUGGGUAAACGAGGUUGAGUCGACUGCCGUAGCCACUGAAAACUGGGCUGAUGACGUAGCACCGCCAGCAGCCGCUGCUAUUCCCGCGGCCGGUGCCCCACAGACAUUCCAGGCUAGCGGUGAUUGGGCUGCUCAGCCUCCGGAAGAGUGGUCGACACCUGUAGCAACUGCCGCUGCUCAAAGCUGGGGAGGUGCAAGCAGUGAAAAAUGGUAAUUUUGUGCUGAUAUUUCAAGGACAAUGCACUUUGUACAGUGUCUAUAAUAAGACUCUUUGAAACAAAA